AAAGAAAACAAAGUGGAGUCAUAAAAACCGCACUUCUCUUUUUCUUCUUUUCUCAUACUCAUCUCUUGGACCCAACUUUUGUAGUUACCAAAAACCUUUUCCUUUUCAUUCAGUCGCAUCCAUCUGUAACCAUGCCUCCCCCUCACCACCACCAUGAUCACCACCGUACACACGGUGGAGCACCACCAAAACCAAACCAAGAGUUUCUUUCUUUAAUCUUGAAAGCCAUAAUAAUGACUGCAAUAACCAUCUUUUUUUUCCUAUUCCUUGGCGUUGCCGCCAUCCUCCUCCUCUUUGCCACCUCCGCACUCCACCGCCACUCGACUACAUCCUCCAAUUCCCCGAAGGCGUUGCCUCUCAAAGACUUAAAGAAGCUCCCAAGAUUCAGAUUUUCGACUAAGACGAGACCCGAAACGGGUGCUGAUCAAAGUUCAUGUGUGGUUUGUCUUGAAGAGAUAAAGCAAGGGCAGUGGUGUAGAAACCUUGUUGGCUGCGGUCAUGUGUUUCAUAGGAAAUGUGUGGACGCGUGGCUUGUUAAGGUUUCUGCAUGUCCUAUUUGCAGGACGCGAGUUGAAUUGGAUCAGGGCGUAAAAGAUAGGCCAUUGUGGGACUUUGUUUGGAGAAAUGAAUUGAGGGUUUGGUAGCAUUUUCUUUUUCUCUAUCUAAUUCAUGCUUGUUCGGUCGAUAAUUCUCUUCAUGAUAUAUGCUCUGUUUUGAAUACGAAAUCUGAUUUUGGUGGUUGGAUUCUUGAUUGUAAUUCUAACGCGACUACUUUGAUCGGUCAGAAAUGAAAGGUUGGUGCUUUUAACAGGUCAGAGCUCAAUUACUUUCCUUUGAAUUGUCUGUGGAGACCGCAUGAAAGGUUGUCUGUGCUUGAUGAAUUUAUUACAGUUCUUUUCCAAAUGGAUAUGCUUAUUCAUGAUCGAAAUGAAUUUAGUGGCUGCAUACAGUAGGAAUUCUGCAAAUUGAUGAGGACAGGCUAAAUUUUUAUUUCCCAGUACAUGAAAUGGUUGCUCACGAAUAUUUCUUAACUCAAUCAAAUUAGAGUAACAUUAAAAUCUAUUAACCCCAUUUCAUAACCUCUAAAGAAGUCAAUAAUUACCUCAAUGUAGUGGUAAUAAAACACUACAUAAUACAUUCAUACUUAAACAAAAACUUAUUCCAUUUCAUUAGAGUAAUUGUUGCUUUUAAGCGGCUAUCCACCUACUCCUAGGAUAUUUCUGUGUUCUUAAGUGUUUCUAUCCAAGCAAACAGAAAUACAGAACAGCAAAUAGCUUGGAGUUCAAAAGAAAAAAGAUAUCAUCAAUAUAAGCUGCAUAACAUCAUGAAAUUCUUACCAGUCUGCUUCUUUCGUCACCAACUAAUUUUACAACAUCAGAUUAGCUUUUCUUAUACGAGAGAGUAUCUUUUGACUGAGAUAAUCAUCUCUCUCUCUCUAGUAUUUUUUACUGUUACAUAGAGAAAUUAGAUUUGACUUUGAAUACACCUGUUUUCAUUUGAUCUCAUUUCUUCUUAUUUGUUCAUCUUGGUGAUUUCCUUUUGUUGCUGGUUUUUGAAUCUGCUGUUUGGUGCUGGAUUUUGAUUACUGUAAUAGAUAGUUGCCAAUAUGUCGAGCUUGAGCUUGCUUUUGUGUUGAUCUUUGUUGUGACUGCUCUUGAUCUAUUCUACGAGAUUCCCCUACUCUGCUUUUGCCUUUUGCUAAACUUAUUGUUUGCCUGGAUUUUGGGUCAUGAUCUAACGCUGUGGCCAGUUGGGAAAACAAUUGCUGAGAAGAGGGUACAAUACGAUGCUGUGGUUGAGUAGUGAAAUCACAUGUUACAUUGCAUUUCUUUUAUUUUUAGGCAUUAAUGGAUUGGUGCUUGGGGAAUGAUUCUCCUUGCUGUGUUAUGCAUGUUCUUGUGGCUUCUAAGUCAUACAUUUCAUUUCUAAGAAUUUAUGGCGGAGUUAAUUGUUGGAAUGGGGAAUCCUUCUUUUCUUGUUGUCA